GAUGAGAAGAAACGUAUCGCCAUCGUCGAUGGUGGUAGGUGCCUCGACAAGGAACGGAACUGCAGUGUUUGAAUUUAGUCUUUUUUGCAAGGAUAUCCUGCUUAGAAAGGAAAGAACUUGUACAAAGAUUCUGAAAUCAUUGUUAGUUUUACAUUAAAGAAAUGUCCUCGGCACAUGUGCAAAGACCUGUAAAAGUUGAUAGUUCUGAAGAACGAACUGCUUCAAAGGAUAAGGCAGUACGAUCAAAAGAGAAUGAAAGGUUGCAGAGAAAAUCUGCAUCUGGUGCUACAGGAUAUUUCCCUAAGAAACACAAGUAUGAAAAUGAUGGGAGAAAUUACAAGCGUAAGCGAAUCCAAAGUUUCUGUAUGGGAGGUGGAAAAUUUUUUCCUCCUUAUAAACGGAGGAAGAAGGAAGGAACAAUUAUUCCACCAACGAAGUUUCUUCUUGGAGGAAACAUUUAUGAUCCAUUAAAUUUGAACAGCUUGCAAGAUGAAGAAAUUAAUAGGGCAAUGAAUGCUGUUACGCCAAAGUCAUCUCCUCUACCAACUCCACGACAUCGUAAAGGAGAGAUUGAGGUGAUCAUUCCACCAAAUCUGCAUGAUCCUUUAAACCUCAUAUCGUGUGAAGAUGAUGCAGAAUAUGAGCAACAACUUGUAUCUCCUACUAAACGUGGUCGGAAGUCACGGAACAGAAAGAAAAAACGCAAUUCAUCAUCUGGUGGAUCAUGUAAGGAAGACAGUGUGGAUGGAUCAGUGUCGAUUAUGAACAAUGAAAAGGUCAAAAAUUUGGAGGAAGAAAAGGUUACUUCUUCGAAUGAGAACAUUGUUGCUGCACCUGUUCGGAUACAAGAAAAUCCUGCAAAAAGGGAACUAAGUCUUGAGUUAUCAAUAAAAGAGAAGGACAAGAAAGGUCGUAAGGGGCCUGAAGAUUCCACUUCUGGUAAAGAUAGUAAAAUUGAGAAAAAAUGGAAGCCAGAUUUAAAGGAUAAGAUUGUGAGUCCUGUAAUUCCACAGCCUGGAGCAUGGAAGAGGCCACCACAAUACGGUCACAGAGGUGGUGGAAAUAUAGCUAGGGGAGGUGAUGGUCCAGCAACUGAUGGAAGGUUUAACAGAUUUCGACCAGGUGGUAACUGGCAGCAUAAAAAAGAUCCAAAGCUACAACCAAUGCCAAAUUUCAAAAAGAAGAAUGAUUAUUUCAAGUAUGGAAACUAUUUGAAGUAUUAUGGCUACCGAAAUCCUCAGCAUGAAGUUGACAUUCGUCUGAAAUAUUUUGAAAAACGAAAGGAGUUGUUCCAAGAUAAGGAUGUACUUGAUAUUGGGUGCAACAUUGGUCAUGUCACUUUGAUAGUGGCACGUGAUUUUAGAGCAAGAAGUGUUGUUGGUUUGGACAUAGAUAGAAAACUUAUUGCUAUAGCUCGAAAGAAUGUAAGACAUUAUGUGAACUAUGCUGACUCUCCACCAAAUGAUGAACCUGAACCUGGAGGUGGGAGCUGUGGACAAGAACAAGCAAGUGAUUUAAAGUUCUUUCCCAUCUCAAUGCCAAUUGUAUAUGGUCCUGUUGAUAUACCAGGCAUUAGUCAUGGACAGAGCCCUUCUGCAUCAAAGAAGUUUCCACACAAUGUCACUUUUAUACAGGGUAAUUAUGUGUUGGAAUCCGAUUCCUUGCUGGCAACAGAACAGCCACAAUUUGAUGUCAUAUUGUGCCUGAGUAUUACCAAAUGGAUGCAUCUGAACUGGGGAGAUACAGGAUUGAAGCAAGCAUUUCGGCGCAUGUACUUACAGCUAAGACCAGGAGGGCAUCUCAUCCUGGAACCCCAAGCAUGGGAAUCUUAUAAAAGAAAAAAGAACCUGACUAUUGGACAAUCGGGGUGUAAUUCCUGGCAUGGGGCUGAGAUUUUUCUUCUGGCCUCUGCAUCCAAACCAGCUCUGGGGCCUAGUCAACCUCCUCUCCAUUGGGUACUGGGGGUCCUUUCUAGAGGAGUGAAUUGGCUGAGCAUUAUUAUACUGGCAUUCUUAAUGUCAGCACUUGGUGGAGGGAAGGAGCCACACUGGUGCCUAUUUGAUAAAAACUGGAUGGAGUCCUGGAAUCAUUCUGGAUACAGUGCUGAAGAGAGAUCCCAGCCCCUGCCAGGAAUCAAACUACAGUCAUCCAUUCCAGAGACCAUCUUCAAGAAUUACCACAACAUCGAGUUAUUCCCACAGAAGUUUACAGAAUAUCUUCUUUCAUCAGAAGUUGGUUUCACUCAGUGUGAAGUAAUCGGUACUCCAUUCCACCAGUCUAAGGGUUUUCAGCGACCCAUUCAGUUGUUCACCAAGGGUGAAAUUUCACCAUCUCGUUCAGCAGCCAGUAAUACCAACACACCAUCUCACACAGUUGUCACAGGUACUUCACGAGCCCCUGUUUACAUGCCUGUUAGCAUUUCUAGUAGAGAAAUUGAUGAUGAUGGUGAUGAUACUGUGGGGAAUAACUGUGGUACUGAAACUUACAAAGCGUGUAACAUUGUAGCAGGAGAACUGGUUACAAUGAAAACAGGUGGAACUGAAAAUUUGGAAGAACAUGAUGAUGUUCCCAAUAGGUCUUUCAAUGAUCAUUUUCAAAUGAAUAUUUCAAAUGAACAGGAUAUGAAUCCUGGUGUCCCUCUAAUGAGAGGUAGUCCCCCUGUUUCAACAGACAAUGGUGGAGUAAUCAAAGCAAUGGACAUAGUUAACAGUAUUUCAAAUGUAGGAUCAGACCUUACAGUAAAUGAAGAAAAGGAAAUGGAAUUUGAAAGUGCAAUAUAUGAGAAGGUGUGUGCUAACAUUAAACCGGAGGUUGAUGGAAUAGUUUCAGACAGUUUGACGAGGCAGGAAGAAGUGAUUUCUGUAAGGGUAGCAAAAGUUGAUACAAACAGUGAAAAAUUUGCAUGUGAUAAGCAAAGAGCUAACCCUGAAGCUGUGAAGAUGGAAACAAAUUCUUCUCCGAAUGAAACAUAAAUUAGAACACUAUGGCAGUUUCAGAGGAUAAUGUUAAUCAAUUACAGACUACUCAAAUAUAUAUAUUAUAUGUAAAAUUCUCUAAAAGACUGCAAACAGUGUGAGGAUUAUCAGUGUUGGUAUGCUAAAUUUAUUGAAUAUGUUUACAAUAAAUGGGCCAAGAUUUGGUGUGAUCUGUAUUUUUUUUAUUAAAGACUGAUUAAGAUUAAGUGACAUACACAGCAGUCAAGGUACAGGAGAAGCGUGAUGACAAACACAAAAUAUGUUGGCAUGAAAUUGUUAAAUUUACUUUAUGGAACUGUAUAGAUGUAGCAUAGCUGAGAAUUUGUUUCCAAGAAUUUGUACACAUUCGUGUUGAUUUAACCUUUACUGAACUGGAAUAAGGAACUUAAAUACCUUAUACUGGGCUGCUGGCCAGACUUUAGCUCUGGGGUUAACAGUUACUGUAUGCUACUGUGAUGCACAGCCGAGAAAGGUUGAAUAUGGUGGAACAUCAUGCUUUGUUACUUUAUUUUGUAAGACUUUCUCUCACAGCAUAUUAAUGUAUAUUUUAUGCACAAUGUUGCUUGAUGUGUAUGAUAGUAAAAUAUUAAAAAUUCUAUAUAUAUCUUUUCACUUA